CAAAUAAACCUGAAAACACACACACACACACACACACACACACACACACACACACACACAUUAGAACCUUCAGAAAAACGUGAAAAUGUUAGUAGGUGUUGGAAGGUAUUUUAAUGGGAACUAUGGAAAUGAAAGUAAUUAAAAAGCUGCUCUAUUAACAUAAAAUAUUUUUUGCAAUAUCCAUAGAGGAACAAUAUGGUUUCCUUGGGAAACAUGUAAUUAGUUUGACUACACAGUCAUAAAAUAUGUUGAAGGAUAUAAUUAUUUUCCUGGGCAGCAGGCAGCUAAAAAUGUCAUUAAGUGAGAGCAAGGUCAGAAUGCAUUGCAGGCGGUUGUGGGAGGGGUGAAAAGAGGCUGAAAGCAGGUACAUAAAACAUUUACUCCUAAUGACUUACCUUCAGCAGAGCAGACCAGCAACACCAUGGACAUCGGCUCGGCAAUUUUAAUAAUUGGCUUCGCUGCUCUUGUUGCAGCCUUCCUUCUUCUGGUAAUUGGACUUGUGUACGCUGAGCUGAUGAAUUCAGACAUUCCUUGUGGGGUUGCAAAUAGAGGGAAACUGCGCAUGGUUCAUGGAUUGUUUGUUGGUAUUGCAGUCGUGGCUCGGAUCCUACAUCGACUGGGCAUUUGUCAUCAGGUUAGCUUUACCCGAUGGUUCGUGGCCUGUUUUCUCUAUCACCUGAAACAAGUUCCCGCAGGUCUGCGAGUGAAGGACAUGACAUUCUCAGAGGUGCCAGUGCGAGUAUAUGAACCUACCUCUGUGUGUGAUGGCUUGAGGAGAGGUCUAAUGUAUUUCCAUGGAGGCGGAUGGAUAUUGGGAAGUAUAGAUUCUGUUGAUGAAGUGUGUCGGCAUAUUGCCAUUGAAUCUGACACCACUGUGAUAUCUGUUGGAUACCGAUUAGCCCCUGAGCACAGGUAUCCUGCCCAGCUGGAUGAUUGCGAGAAAGCAACGUGCCACUUCCUGUCUGUGGCUGAGACAGAGUUCGGGGUGGACUCUCACAGAGUGGCAGUUGGAGGGGACAGCACUGGGGCUAACCUGGCAGCAGCACUGUGCCAAAGGCUGGCGUGCAGUGAGGACCGACAUCUGCCAUUCCCUUGCGCUCAGGUCCUCAUUUACCCAGCCCUGCAGAUGGCAGAUUUCAACUUGCCUUCCUACCAGCAAAAUCAUGCUGUGCCCAUAUUGUUUCGUGGCCGGAUGGCAUUCUACUUCCUGCAAUAUCUCAAUGGAGAUGUUUCUCUGUGCCAAGAAGUGCUGGAAGGUAACCAUGUCCCCACUGAGCUCAGGCCACGCUACGAACUAUGGUUAUCCCCUUCCAACUUACCUCCUGAGUGCCUCACACGGGGUUUCUAUAAGCACCCAAGCCCAGAAUAUGAUGGGGAGGUGUAUCACGCAAUUAAAGAUGGUUUGGAACCUGAGGUUUCCCCUUUACUGGCAGACGAUGCUCUCAUUCAGAAAACCCCGCGAACCUUCAUCCUUACCUGUGAAUAUGAUGUCCUGAGGGAUGAUGGGAUUCUUUACAGGAAGCGACUUCUGGACCUGGGAAAAGAUGUCACCUGGCAGCAUGUGCUAGAUGGCUUUCAUGGCAUGAUUAACUUUUUUAACCAGGGCUGGCUCACAUUUCCCUCUGCAGUGCAAGUUGUGGAUGGUGCUGUUCACUAUAUAAAAACACUGUGAGGGUAAUAAAUAAGAUCCUGCAAUAAACUUUAUUCUACUUCCCAUCUUGUUUUACAUUUUAAUAAACAAAUGUGCCUCCAGUCUUUGUCAUUACCAUUAUACUGUUCACAGAAGCCACCCUCCCCCAAUUCAAUAAACAAAAAACAGUCUUAUUCCAAAAAUGAAAAGUAGCCCGAGGAAACCAAGUCUGCAUACAAUAUUCUGGCACCUUUUUAACAAUACAGAACAGGCAACUAAAAGGACACUCUGCUUGCUUUACCCACAGUGUUUGCUGUACCCAUGGCAACAGAGCUCUUUUUCCCCUCCACUGCUGAAGCGAUUAUGUGGUCAGGUGAAUACACCUACAUGCUAUCCAUUUGACUAGUUAAACUAGCUCCAGCAGGGCUUUAGAUUUCCCAGGUGUGUUUGAUACCGGGCAAAGUAUGAACCAGAAAGCCAAUGCACAGGAUAAAUGGGCCCAAACCGGAUGGAGAAUAGAGCAGAAGUAUGCAAACAAAGUGUUGUUAGGCAACUGGGCUGAAGAAAGACUUCAGUUCACUCGCAAGCCAAAGAUAGCCUACAGCACCAGUUGUGUAGACUACCGACCCCACUGGGAUUUCAAGCCAGACAUCUCUGAGAGAAGAUCUGCCCUGCUGAGAGCUGAGGGGCUUCCAUCUAAGAUGAUUUUUGGGCACCAUGACCCGCCAUCCUCACAUUAUCUGGUCACACAGUAUGCGGAAAGCUACGGGCGUAAUCUCAUCAAUGCUUUGCCCACUCUGCAACACAGACAUGCAGACAACUUGACACAAAAGCCCGAGAGGUCUGACCAGCUGACUUCUGCACUUCCAAACAACUUUGGCCCGCUGCAGACCACAAAUCACCAUUUUGAAAUACAGCAGUCACACCUUCCAUCUCUGACUGAGUACAGGUCAGCAUACCAGAGGCAACCACUUAGUGCCUUCUGCCAGGGCCGCUUUGCCAAGGCUUCACACAUGCUCUCCAGCCACCUCUAUGAAGCCAAUCAUAACAACAAGGAUCUGGAUCUGAGACAGAACUUGAUCCUACAAGUCCCGGAUCAUUAUUUCAGCCUAUGUCCACCAUCACAACAGGCUUAAUUUCAGUACUGUAGCUAUGAAACUGCCUCCGAUACUGGUUAAUUUAGAAGCUGUGUUUGUGGAUUCCCUUUUUCCGUAGUUGGCAACAAGUAAAACCCUAACUCAACAAACCAUUUGGGGAAAUCAAAUGGAUUUUAAAAAAUUAAAGACGAUUCUCAUUAUUUUGUGAGGACUACUGUGGAUCUACGCUG